CAUUAUUAAUAUGAUUUUUGAGGUUACAGAAUGUCAUAAAAUACUUUAAAAAAUGAAAAAUAAUUAAGGUAAACGCACCGGUAGUGGACACUGCGUUAGUAGUGGACACUUUGAACUUCAAAUAUGAGUAAUAAGGUUGUUGAUGGCUUCACUGUUCAAACAUACAAAUCAUUCAGUAGACAGAACCCUCUAGUGGUGGUAACUCGCACUGAUCCUUUUCUAGUGCAUCAUGGGAUGUUUUCCCGCGCUCAUUAGUGAUGGCAUUCCUGCUGAUAUAAGAAGACAAGUGAGUCUGCUGUCUGUUUCCUUAAGGUCUAGGUAAUUUAAAUCACGCUUGCUGUAUUAACAGUUAGUUUCACGGAAGUUUUUUGGUGAUAUACUAUUAAUAUGAGCUUCGUUGGUAUGUUUUAAGACCUUCCUGAUAGUAUUUUUAUUUUCCAAGUCAAUUGAAUGAGAUGUCCACUAAUGAAACAAAAAUAUCGUAUAUUUUUAGUAGUGGACAAGAGGUGGCCACAACUAGUGAAAAUGAACUUUUCACUUUUAAUCAGUAUCAAGUCAAAAAUUAAAUCACCUAAUGUUAAGUAACAUACAGUAUUGAUUCAAGCAUUUUUUGGUUACUCUGUCUAGUCAUGGACAGGGGGUGUUCACUAUUAAACCGUGAAUGUCCGUUUAUUGAAAUGAGGUGUUUCAAUAGUGGACAAAACAUGGUUUGGUGCCAUGGGAUCCUACAGCACCCGGUAUGCUAAGUAGGAAAAUAAUGUGCAAGAAGAAGUCAGACAGUACUCUCACGAAAAGUGAUGUAAGAGUUGGUUUUGAAACAUUAAAAAUAUACAUGGGACCUGAGAAAGUGGGGUUAUUUGAGACUGUAGUUUCUUCUGAAGAUGUUGAGGCUACAGACAAGUCCCUGUUCAAUUUAUGGCACCAGAUGAAGACAGACAUCAUGAAUCAAGUAACAGCUGGAAACAACAGCAAAUCCUUCAACAAUAAUGAAUCAGAACAUGAAGAUUCGACGGUUGAAACUGCUCAAAUCAAUCGCAACCAUGAGAUAAAUGAUGUCAGUAACACCAGUGCAUUCAGUGAUUCAUAUAUUCAUGAUAUUCAUAAUGACUACCACUAUCAAAAUGAAAGACCUAGUACUUCAAACACUGGCAAUACCAUUGUUGCCACAAGUACACACAAUAGCCGCAAUAACAGUCAGAUCUCUGAAACAGUACCUAGUCCUUUCAAAAGGUCACUUCUCUGGCCAGAACCCAGGGAAAUCACUAACAAAAGGAAGAAAAAGGAAAUCAUACCUUCUGUAGUUACGUCAAAAGCUUGGCAGGAAUAUUAUGAAAAUAAGGAAAAGAAGAAAAUAGUGGAACUAGAACUGAAAAGGGAGAGAGCUUUGGCAAGACAGAGAAAGAAGGAAGAACAGACUGCUGAGAAUAAAAGGAAAGCUGAAGAGAAAGCUAUGAAAAUGAAAAUGAAGACUACAAAGCAACGAAAGAAGAAAAUGAGAAAGGAAGAGACAUCAUCAGAAGAUGAAGGUUCUUGGAUUCCCUCGGAUGGUAGUAGUACAAACGAUGUUACGUUAGAUGUAGAAGACACUAUGCAGUUUCAGGAAAAUAUUGAACCCCCUUCAAACGAAACUAUUGGACCAAGUUCAGCAAUUAAGGAAUCGAAAGAUACAGAAGAAAGGGGAGAAAGUAUUGAAGGGACUUUAAAUUGGACUCGGAGGAAGGAUAUGUCCGAAAGACACAGUCGGAAUACCAUUGAAAAGGAAAGGGAAUCAAACAUCCUGCAUGAGAAUGAUUUUGUAGUUGCCACCUUGUCUGGUAAGAAAAGAAAGUACAAAUGUGUGUGCAAAAUUACCAGUUUAAUCAGUGAUAAUAUCGCAGAAGUGAUUGUGUUUAAUUCCAUAAAUAGGAUGAAAAGCGUAUUUGCUAAAAAUGAAAAAGAUGUACAAACGAUAAAUAUUUCUCAAAUUGACUUGAGGCUUCCUAAGCCUCUAAUUUUUGGAAGAGAGAGUCACUGUCAAUUCUCGAAAGGCAUUGACAUAGAUAAGUAGUUCAACACAAAUUAACAAUGCAACAAUAUUUCCUUAAACUAUGCUGACGUUAAUAUUUGAGUUCUCCUAAAUGUAACUUAGAACCCAGUUUUAUACUAUUAUUUUUAAGUGUUUAAUAUUGAGUGUAACAAUAAUCCAUUCCAGUAUGUUAAAACUGAUCUCAUUUAUUUCAACAUUUGUAUUCGUUAAGAAUAAUGUAACAAUAACAAAAUAAGAAAGUUUCUUAUACUAACUUUGUAAUGUUUUAUAUUUAUGUUUCAUAAUACUUAUUAGUUCAAUUUUCAUAUAAACAUUACAAACUAUACACAUGUAAUUUACAUUUGUACAAUUUGAUAUUUUAAUUAAUUUAAUUAAAUUAUGAGUUGUCAUUAUAAUUAACACAGUGUUCUUGUUCUUUAUAGUAAAGACUGUCAAAUUCUGCAAGUUGUGAAAAAUAAAAACGAUUUCAUCUUGAAUAUAAUCAUUUCUAUAUUCCUUGUCCACUACUG